AUGUCCGUGUUUGUAUGUCCCUUGGCUGUGUGGUUGUCCAUUAGGCGACAGGUUUCCCCGGCCGCAGCAGCACUCUCUUCCUCGUCUCGGAUUCAGGGAUCAGUAGAAACUCUAUUUUCAGGGGAAACUCUCCUAGUCCACGCCGCCACAAACCCAGAUUUCCAAAACGAAACCAAUCCAGGAGAGAAACCCAUGGACACGGAGCGAGGCCAGCUGCAAAGGCGCGCCCGAAAGAGCCUGGCGGCGAACAGCAAGCUCGAGCGGCGGGCGUGCUCGGGAGGCUGGGCCCGUGGGCGCGAGAGGCCGUCAAUGCUUGGCUUCCGGGCUCGAGGAAACUGCACAGCUGGAAUUUCUCCCCUUCUAUUAUUUAAUCUCAUUCGCAGUAUCCCCUUUUUACUCACCCUCUCCCUCCCCCCCCCUCCCCCAGGCCUGGCCGUGCGGACGCCGUCGAUCAGCUGGAUCACGAAGGAGCAGGUGGUGGACAUCGGGUCGAGCGUGCAGCUGGAGUGCUCCGUGCAGUACGCCCAGGACUACCCCGUGCUGUGGGUGAAGCGGGGGACCCAGAGCGUGCAGGACCUGCCCAUCUCGAACGGCCCCUCGCUCAUCCUCAGGGACUCCAGGUACUCCCUCAGGCACGACGAAGGCUCGGCUACCUACAUCCUGCAGAUCAAGGACAUCCAGGAGAGCGACGGAGGAGAGUACAUGUGUCAGGUGCUCAUCGGCAUCAACAACCGCAUCACGGCCAACGUGGACCUGCUCGUGCGCCGCCCGCCCGUCAUCUCAGACAACUCCACCAGGUCCGUGGUGGCGAGCGAAAACGAGAGCGUCGAACUGUCCUGUUACGCCGGAGGGAUGCCCAUCCCUGACAUCUCCUGGAGGAGGGAAAACAAUGCUAUCCUGCCCACUGGGGGGUCGAUCUACAGAGGCAACGUGCUGCAGAUCUCCAACAUCCGGAAGGAGGACCGCGGCACCUACUACUGCAUCGCCGAGAACCAGGUGGGCCGCGGCGCCCGGAGGAACAUCAACGUAGAGGUCGAAUUCGCGCCCGUCGUCAAGGCCACGCGCCCCAGGGUCUACCAGGCUCUCCAAUACGACAUGGACCUGGAGUGCCACGUUGAGGCCUACCCCCCCGCGGCCAUCACCUGGAUCCACAAACAGGAGGCCAUCGUCAACAACCAGCACUACAGGGUGUCCCAGUUCGCCACGGCCGACGAGUACACAGACACGACCCUCCGCGUGUUGAGCAUCGAGAAGAGGCAGUUCGGCAACUACACCUGCAUGGCCACCAACAAGCUCGGUCAGUCCAGCGCCAGAGUGGAGCUCAUCGAGCACGUGGUCCCGAACAUCAGGUAUCCCGGCGUCCUGCUCUACACCACCGGCGGCGCAGGAGGGGGUGCCGCCUCGACCCUGUCUUCGAGGACGAGCUCUUCAGGGGUCGCUGCCAUCGUCCUGCUUGGCGUCUUGGCCUUCAGAUUGGGGGGUUGAUUGGGGCUCGAUUGGGGGGGGUUGAUUGGGGGAGGAGGAGGAGGAGGAAGAGGAGGUAAAAGAUGGAGAAGAUGAGGAAGGAAGUGGAGGAAAUGCAAGAGAUGGAUGGAGAGGAAGAUGAAAAAGAGUGUGCAGGAGGAGAAGGAGGAAGGAGAUGGUGAUGAAGGAGUUAGAGGAGGAAGAAGAAAUCGGCGAUUGGUGAUGAUGGUGAAGAAAGAGGAGAUAAGAGGAGGUUGAUAAUGACGGUGGACACUGAGGAGAAACAAUGAUUGCAUCACAUUCCUGUCAUUGCCAUUUUAUAUACAUAUAUAUAUAUCUGUAUGUUCUAUAUAUAUAGGAGAAAGGUAGAUUAAGGAGAUUGAAGUGUUUCUUUCCUUUUGAUUUUGAUUAAUAUCAUUUUUUUUUAAUUUAAACUUUCCGUUGGAAUUUCUUGAUCAACCUCUCAUUGUCAUACUGCAUGCUGACAUGUGAUUCAAAUGAAGGCACUUUUUUACCGACUAGACACUUUUUUGCUAUUGCAUUUCAGUAUGUGUGAGAAUCAUAGGAACUAAUAAUAAUAAUUUCUUCAUAUACUGUAGACUAAUGAUGACAUGUUUCAUUCAGGCAACCAGUCUUAGGAGUUUGUAUAUAAACAGCUUUUUAAACGCGUAGUGAAAUUCACACGGAAACCAUCCAUACACGAUUGGCUGAAUGAUUUUAAGGAUAGUGUUUUAAUCAGUGUAAAAUUCCCUGGUAAAUUGUCAUGUCCUUUUUUUUAUAUAUUCACAUCUAUAUCACUAAUUCUAACAUGGAAACCACUUUUCAAUAAGUACUUAUAGGAGUCCAUAACGCUGCAAUGCAACACCUGUGAUUCCCAGACAAGUUUCUGAGCAUUACAUUGUACAGAAUAUUACUGUCUUCGGCCUCUCAGGUUUCGUGUAUAUGUACUCUCUGACAUGUGGCUUCGGGAGAUAUGUAUACACACUUUACAUGCGUCACAAUGUUAUAUAUAUAAUGUAUAUGUAAUGUAGGGAAGGGAGAACCUGAGGCAGUUUUGAUAUUUGUCUUGUGUGAUUAUGAUUAAAAAUGCCUUUGAAAUAGAGAAGUAUACCUGUGGGUUGGUUAGCUAAAUGUGAUUAUUUUUUUUUCGUUGAAGCUGAAUACCUGGUGGAACAGAUAUUAACAAGAAAAACGAAUCUAAAUAGAAAUGUCCAUCUCGUCAGCAGUAAAGUUUUUUUUUAUAUACCUAUAUCUAUUCAGGAGUUAGAUGACAAAUUAGAUACACAUAUAUCAUAUUUGAUGAAAUUCAAAUACUAAUAAUAAAAAUAAAAAAAUAAAAAAAAGAGAUAGAGAGAGAAAUUAAAGUAAACUGAAGCUUUUAAAAGUAACCAAAUUACACUGAAAGCUGGUGAUUUAGGACUAAAAUCCAGUGAAAAAUGUUAUAAGUGGUUCAUGUACCGCCUAUUAAUCUUAAACCAACAAUCGCACUGAAGCUCAGGAAAGCUUUUUUUUUAACGAGGUCCAAAUGAAGGUGUACUAAAUUUGGAAAUUCAUUUGUUUUAUGUCCUGUUCUGGGGAAUUUUGUAGAUAAGGAAGCAACUGUGUGAAAAUCCACUUAUCGGACGAACACCUCGAUUUUUUUUAUCAGAUUUCAGAUGGAAUAUCGCUCUCCAUCUCGUGUUGUAAUGCUUUUUAUGUAUUUUAUGAUUAUUUGUAGUGGAAGAAAAGAGAAAUGAAAGUAAGGAUGAUAUUUAGACAAAAUAUUACAUAUAGGGUUUUCGUCUCACAGCAUUUUAUAAGUAUUUUAUUUGUAUAAAAUGUAGUGCAAUUUUUAGGUGUGUUGAAUGACGGUCAGCUCUUGGUUAAUGUGUGUGCGUGUGUGUGUGUGUGUGUCUGUGCUUGUGUGCGAAUGUUUUUGUUUGAAGUCACGUGCGAAAGAGGGAAUUUUUGUAUGUUUUUCCUGUCAAUAAAAAUUGUCUUUAAAGA